ACCGCUUGGCGUGCGGUCGCGCGUUCCAUGUUUAAAAAUAUUUAUUUUUCUAUCUACUGUCAAACUAUACUUUUUAAAAUUAAAUUAUCUAUAUACAAACUCUUUGCUUCAAAGUUAUAUAGGUGUGUGGGUUUUAAUAGUUACUUGUUAAAAAUUAAUAGUUUAUUUAUAUUGUAUUAAGUGUGUGUUAUUUAAACAAAUUAGUUGGUGAUAAAGUUCGUUGUUACAGCUAUUAUGUUUUGUUAUGGCUGAAUGGAUCACAGUCCUUGCAUUUGAAGGUUCCCGCGCGCGGUAAUCGUCCAAGAUGGCGGCUUCCGGUGACGUCACCAUCGCCCAAGAUGGCGGCAAUGCCAAACUGCACCCGUAUCUGGUUGCUUUGGUGCGCUGGUGCGUCUCCUGCCUCUGGCGAACGGCAACGGAACUCCUACAUCGUCUGAUGACCGCGCCGCUGCCCCCGAUAUCAAGUGGCACAGUCUCCAAGCCAGUGAAGCCCCGCCCGGCUGGCACGGAGCAUCUGCACCCGGAGCCCCGAGUGGAGUGUGUGGUGCUCCAUCAGCCACAGACACAUAACAUCGACGUCAUCUUCGUGCACGGGCUCUAUGGAUCCUUGGGCAACACGUGGCGUCAGGGAGAAUGGAGAUCGAAAUAUCACAUUGGACCAGAAAAAAUCCACCUCAGAAGACCGACAGACCUCCCAGCACCCUGCACUUGCCCUCAUUGCGAACAACACGAAAAAGAAAACAACAAAAAUAGUUUCAACAACCAAAUAACCAUUAUUAAUAGUUACGAUAACUUCGACACUAAUAAUUUUAACGAAAGUAGUUUUAAUAAUUCCACAAACGCAGUUAAUAAUUUUAAUAAUUCCUCAAGUACGAUUAAUAGUUUUACCGAAGCAUUUAAUGAAGAGAAAUUUUAUAAGAAUAUCAAGAAAAUUUUGCCUCAAGACGACGUGUUCGUUACUGAGAAGUUUUACAAUAACACCCUUUUGGGUCAGGUCGAAAUAAUCGAUAAUUACGAAACGCAAGCUAAAUUUGUUAGCGAUUUAUUCAAAAACUGUGAUAACAACUGUGAUUUUAAUGAACAAAGUAAAAAUAAUAACGCAGACGGGUUUAAUAAUGAUGCAAGUGGGAAUAAUAAUGACAGUAAUAGUAAUAAGAUUAAUAAAGACACUGAAAGUAAUUGCAUUUGUAAGAAAGAGAAGAGGAAUUGCGAGGUGGGUUGUGGGUGCAUCUGUGAUAACUGCUACUCCCACUGUUGGCCUAAAGAUUGGAUACGGGAGGACUACCCAGAUGCCAGAGUCAUAUCUGUGAACUACACGAGCGAUCCGCAUCUCUGGAGGCCGAUUUGGAUCAAGGAAAACAAAAGGCUGUGUCUCCACGAGCGAGCAGAACAGAUGAUGGAGCAGCUGCUGGCACUGGGAGUGGGGCGGAGGCCUGUGGUGUGGGUGGGCCACUCUAAGGGAGGCCUGUUUAUUAAGCAGAUAUAUUGCGAAGCUUACGAGGCAUUCCUGAAGACUCACCCAGAGCAUGAGCAACAAAUGAACAAACACACAGACCAAAAAGACGAAGAUACAAACAAAUAUAGCGAUAAUAUUCUUCUUGCAAGUACGAAUAAUAAUGUGCAAAGUAGAAAUAAUAAUUAUGAAAAUGAAAAUAAUAAUUUUCAAAAUGGCCACCUGACAGAUUUGAGAGUGGAUAGCGGUGUUGAUACAAGAUGUGAUGGUCAGCUGGAGUCUUCAACUAAUGAAGACCAAGAGACGCUGAAGAGACGGGCCACCCUCUGGACAAAUAGUAUAGCGUUCAUGUUCUACUCGGUCCCACACCGCGGAUCCGCCCUGGCGGACAUCAAGACGCCAAUAACGGCACGCAGCGUCGAGCUGAUUGAGAUCAGCAAAGACUGCUCGCUGGUGCUAUCCCUGCAGGCGCGCUGGCUGCGCGCAACGGGUGCGCGUGCGCCGCUCGUGCGCAGCCUCGUGGAGACGCGGCGGACGCUCAUGUCCGUGCUCAACUUGAGGAUCGUUUGUGCUGAUUCUGCUGGUCCCCCGGGGAUCCAGUUUGAGAACUCCCUACUCCAAAUAGCUCCGGUGGACAAAGUUAAGUGCCCCUUCGUGCGAGACACCAACGAUAUCGGAUUCAGGUUAUACACCAGAUACAACCCGACAGUCUACCAGGAGCUGAUCAUUAAUGACGACGAGAAGCUCUUCGCGUCCAACAUGGACUUCCACGCGCAUACCGUAAUCUACUUCCACGCGUUCAUGGAGAACCCUGAUGAUGGCAGCGCCGUCAUGGUCAGAGAAGCCUACGUCCUUCGCGGGGAUACCAAUGUUAUAAUGGUGGACGCUUCGAGUUUGGAAGCCGGUCCUUGGUACUUCACAGCGGCUGAAAAUACCUGGUUCAUUGGGAAGUUUGCCGCUCAGUUCAUCGAUUACCUGGUCUCCAGAGGGUUGGAUUUGAAGAACACCCAUCUGGUUGGCCACAGUCUUGGGGCGCAGUCGGCCGGUGUGGCGGGAGGCGCUCUUAAAUCAGGUCGCGUGUCCAGGAUAACUGGACUGGACCCGGCGUUGCCGCUGUUUGCUGGCCUGCCUGAACAACAGCGUCUGGACAAAUCUGACGCGGAGUUUGUGGACGUCAUACACACUGACGCUGGAAUAUUUGGCGUCAACCAACCCGUUGGACACGCGGACUUCUAUCCAAACGGUGGGAUCAGCCCACAGCCCGGCUGCGAGCUUGAGGUGGUCAUCCCCCAGAAGAUGCUGCUUAACAAAUGUGAAAAUCGCACACAUAUCGAAGGCUUCUAUACUUACUACUUGACACCACACAAGUUAACAAAAUCGACACUUAACUUAGAGGGAAAACUUCAAAAAUUAUUCAGUUUUCUACGCUCAGUUGAACCUGUGAAAAGAUCGAAAGACAAACGACAGAAAAUAGACAAAAAAGGAGAAGUGUUUAAAUUGGAAAGCGUAGAAGAUUCUAGAACAAAUAAAGAAGAAGAACAUCUGAAACUAGCUGAUCAAAUGAUGACUCAAAUCAAAAAAGCAAUAAAUAUAGAAAAACAAACCGAUUUAAAUACAAAAGGCGAUAAAAUUUUGAAAUUAGAAGAUCAAAUCAUGACUGAAAGUGUUAUGAAGCAUCGAAUAUUCAAACCUGUUGCUCCUUUAGAAGUAAAUGUUAAAGAAUAUAAUAAUUUCGGCACAAUGAAACCUAUUAUCAACAAAGAAAGAGUAUCACACCGACAUGCAAAUCUUGAUUUUGAUGGCAUCGCUACAGGAGUAUUGGUUGAUGGAAUACCUCAAGAAGAAAGUUCACAUAGACAUGCAAAUGUUGAUGACAUUGCCAAAGGGGUCGAUGAUGGAAUACCUAAAGAAGAAAAUUCACACAGACAUGCAAAUGUUGAUUUUGAUGGCUUUGCUAAAGAAAGGGUAUUUUAUGAUGGAAUACCUAAAGAAGAAAGUUCACAUGGACAAGAACUUAUUCAUUUAGAUGACAUUGCUAAAGGGAUCGCUGAUGGAAUACCUAAAGAAGAACUAACGAAGCAAGAAAUUUAUAAAGAACCCAAAAACGCAGUACUUAACCAGGAUAAUGUAGAAAAUAAAACUAUCGAACACGCUAUAGAUAUCGAAGCAACCAAAGGUACGAACGAAAAACCACAAGAAGUAAUUACAGAAUCAUCAACGAAAAUCGAGGAAAACAUCGAGAGACUGAUUCAACAAGACUUUAUCAACAAACAGAUAAACACACACAUUAAACACGACAUUUUAGAUAACACAAAAGACGCUUCUCAAACAAAGAACAUUGAAACUGACCAUAACACCAAACCUUUACAACGAAAUCACGUUGUCAAACGCACGAAACGAUUCAUAUCACUAUUCAAACGUUCAGAGGCGGAAGAAAGCGAGAACUUUCUAUUUAGAAUGUUGAAUUUCUUGCUAAAGUACAGAAAAAACGUAAUCCCAGUGUAUUCUGUUAUGCGUGAGAUUAACACUCUGGUGAAAAGCGCAAACGGGGAGUUGAACCAUAUUACUAAAGAGAGGAACAACUUCAUCGGCGCUCCGCCCCCGGUUCUGACGCCGGUGACUUAUGCGCUGGAGUUGGGCAAUGAAAACCGUGCGCUCGCGCUGGUUAAGAAGCUGCUCGGGCUGGCGCCGAAGGGAGAUAGGCUUACUAUCAACGGCAGUGGGAAAUAAUGGAAUUUAGGGCGCGGGGCACAUUCUACCUAAUGACCAAUCGCCAGUCGCCGUAUUCUUUAGAUUAACUUAGAUUAAUGUAGAUAAAAUGGUGGUGAUUCCAGUAUACACCACUUAAUUUUAUUUUAAGUUAUACCUGUCAUUUUCUUAUCCGCCGAAAAGGAAAGGGACGAUGAUUAAAAUUCAAAAAUUUCUUUAUUCAGUAAGUAACAUAGUUUCACUUUGAAUCGUCAUUUUUUGCAUAACGAACGUCUCAUCCGCCUAAAACUACUGCAGCUUCUCACAACCUGUAUAGCCGGGGAAAAGAAGCUGCAAGAAAAACCUCGGCACAGGGCUCUAGACGUUCUUUAAAAAAAUAAAAAUAAACAUAAAAUAUUGAUAUACAAUUGAGUAAUUUAGCUGCCUAAUAUCAGUUCUCAGACAGUUAAUCCCAUGCAUUCAUAUCUUCUAAAUAAUCACUAACUUUAUAAUAACCUUUUUUGGAAAGUUUUUGUUUAACUACUGUCUUAAAGCAGUUGAAAAGAAGUUACUGUUACUCACGGUAUAAGAAAACCAGGUAUGCUCAAUCCUAUGACAAGCCGCCAUUGCUAGUCCAUUGAUGACUUAAGUGUUACCACCGUGUUAACGUUAAAUUGGUAUCUCCAACAUUCCAAGGACGUAAAGUUUAUUAUUGAAAACUAAGUGAAUUACUUAGAGGGUAUUUUUAGAGGGUUGUCAAAAUAUCCGCCUAAAAUUGACGUGUGUUCUAUAAAUUGUAUGCCCGUCCCUUUCCUUCUCGGAGGAUAAGAAAAAGACAGGUAUAACUUAAGAUAAAAUGAGAUUGUGCGUACUGGAGUUAGCACUAAUAUUUAACUGUACUAAUAUUAAUAUAGAUGUUUAUAUAA